AUGAAUAAAAAUGAAAUUCAUAAGAGUUUGGAAAAGGAAGAUAUUAAUAAGCUCAUCGAUAAUUCUUUAAAGUCAGCAGAUACCGAUGAUGAGCAUUCCUAUUUUUUACAACAAAAUAAUAUUUAUUGGGAAACAGGUCAUAGGACAUACAUUCCCUUUUUUCACUUUUUGAUACAUAAAUAUACUAAUAAAAUAAUAGACGAUCAAAUAAGAAAUUUUCGAAACAGUGUAAAAAGUGUGCAUCAUACUCCAUUUGUAUUUCACAAAGAUGGAUAUUUUAGAAGUUAUUAUGGUGACCCAGAUAUUAACAUGAUUUUUAAUUUAAAAAAAAAUACAAAUUUUGUUUUUAAUUCAACAGGAUCAUUGAAUUCGUAUAAUUUGCUAACCAACAAUUGUACUUAUGAUAAGCCUACACACAUAUUUAACCAAGUACUUAUGAGUGCAUUUAAAAUGGAUUUAAAAAACGCUUUAGAAACAGCCAUAUGA